AAUUGUGCGUUAUUACUGCGGCAACAACCAUGCUGUGCCUGCGUGGUCUCAACUGCUUCUGCCACGAUUUGACAUCUAACAACUUUGAGGCUUCGCCUUCGCUGAGCUGCACGAAUCUCAUUCUCAGCAGAAGCAUCAGCUGCCGUGAUAAGGUGUUGCUCCACUGUGACACGCCUCAGAUCCAAUUGAGCAGCCAGACACAUUGGACUUCUCCUGCUAGGUCGGGUACUUUCCUGGCUACCAGGGGGAGUGAUCCAAUCACAUCAGCGGCAGCACUGGCGGGGACGACGGACUUCUCCUGUAAGGUCGGGGGCUUCCUGGCCUUGGGGAGGACAUCAUCGCCACCCACUGCAGAGGGGCCUGUGGCCGAGCAACCUGAAGGCAGUAUAGAACUUAGAAAUGUAAAUACAAAUGUAGAGAUGUAA